CACCACUGGAGUUCUGCUGCGCAAACUACAGCAGGACCGACUCCUCAGCUCCCUCACACACAUCAUCGUGGAUGAGGUUCAUGAGCGGAGCGUCCAGUCAGAUUUCCUCCUCACCGUACUAAAAGAAGUGGUCCAUAAGCGCUCGGAUCUGCGUUUGAUCUUGAUGAGCGCUACAGUCGACUGUCAAAAGUUUGCCAACUACUUCAACCGCUGUCCUGUGGUCACCAUACCUGGCAGAACUUUCCCUGUGGAGGUGUUUCACCUGGAGGAUAUCGUGGAGGAGACGGGUUAUGUUCUGGAGCAGGACUCAGAGUACACUCAGAGGUUUGUGGAGGAGGAAGAGGAAGUCAGCAUCAACAUCACACAGAAAGGAGGAAAGACUCUUCAGCACCAGGAGCCGAUCGUGAGGGACUCUGGCCCAGGCUGGGAUCUGAGCCCUGAGCUGGAUCACUUCAGCAGCCGGACGCGACACGUCCUGCAGUAUAUGAACCCCAAUAAGAUAAAUAUGGAUCUGAUAUUAGACCUACUGGAAUACCUGGAUAAAUCACCUCAGUUUCGUGAUGUGGAUGGUGCAGUUCUGAUCUUCCUCCCAGGCCUGGCUCAUAUUCAACAGCUGCAUGAUCUACUGACCACCGACAAGAGGUUCAGCUCCAAGGACAGGUAA